AUGCCUAAGCUUGAGGAAAUUGACGACUACGAUGAUAUUGACAACCUUGACAUGGAUCUUGCGGAGAUUGAUCAUAAUAUGAAAUCGCCAGUAGCACCCAGAAUAGUGCCAGAGAUCAAAAGAAGUCAGGACGAAGAGCCGGAAUUGUUUCCAGUUAAUCAGAAAGUGCCCCCCAGGUCAGAAUCCGCAAUGUCAGGACAGCCACAAGUGAUGAAUUUUACAGAAGAGCAGAGGCGACAAUUGAAUAAGUUCCAAAUGCUAUAUCCAUGCUAUUUUGACAAAAAUAGAUCUCACAAGCAAGGAAGACGGGUCCCCGUGGAAUGGGCGGUGGAGAACCCUCUAGCACAAACUAUAGCAGAUGCGGUGAGUCAAAUGCAGAUACCUUGCGUUAUCGAAGCUCAUAAAUGUCACCCUCAGGACUUUGGUAACCCCGGUAGGAUACGCCUUUUCAUGAAGGAAGACGGAGUCUCAACAUCUCCAUAUUUGUACAAGAAUAAACGGAUGCUUAUGAAGCUUAUUUCCAAACACCUCAAAGAGAACCCCACUACGCUAGAAGUUAUAAAGGACGUCCCCGUGGAAGCUGGCGCAGAGGAUUACGAGCCCCGGAAAGUGCCUAAAGUUAAAGGUUUUGUUAUGAAUGAGAUCGUACCGAUCCACAGUCCAUUGAGCAUGGGACAUCCGAUGGUCAAAUCAAUUUAUGAUGCGCCCGCCCCGGUGGUGGCAGAAAAGCCUGUUAAAAUGCCAAAAAAUAAAUACAAAAUGGUCCGUAGAUAG